AGAACGAGAGCUUCACGUGUUCCUACUGUCGGUGAUUUAUUCGCGAAUGUAAAUUGAAUAAUUUUUUCGCGAUAUUUUUGUAGAUCUGCGGAGAGUCACUAUUUUUUCAGAAUUUUUUUCUGGGGAAGGGGAAUAUUUUUUAGAUUUUUUUUGGGGAAUUAGAAGUGCUGUGAGGAUGUUCAAAAUGCUGAGGAGUGGAGUUUUGUUGAGGAGAGUCAGGAUCAUCUCCAGGAGUUUUCAUGACGAGGCUGCGGUCAUCGGCAGCUGUCCAGAUGUCGAAUCUCCGGAGUAUCAGGAAAAUUAUCACGAAAUGCAAAAACUCGUCCACAACUUGAAAUCAACAGUCGAGAAAAUAGUGGAGGGCGGUGGAGCUAAAGCAAAAGAGCGACACCUUAGCAAAGGAAAAUUGUUGCCGCGGGAUCGUAUAAACACUUUAUUAGAUCCUGAAUCACCCUUCCUGGAGUUUUCACAAUUAGCUGGAUACGAUAUGUAUGGCAAAGACACGGUGCCAGCCGGUGGAAUAAUUACAGGCAUCGGAAGAGUCGAGGGACAAGAGUGUGUGAUUGCUGCUAAUGACGCGACAGUUAAAGGCGGCACUUACUAUCCAAUCACAGUUAAGAAACAUCUUAGGGCACAGGAAAUUGCUGAUGAGAAUAAUCUACCUUGUAUUUAUCUGGUGGACAGUGGUGGUGCUAAUUUACCAUAUCAGGCUGACUCGUUUCCGGAUAAAUAUCAUUUUGGACGGACUUUUUAUAAUCAAGCAAAUAUGAGUGCAAAAGGGAUCCCCCAGAUAGCAGUAGUUAUGGGCAGUUGUACAGCUGGUGGUGCAUACGUGCCAGCAAUGGCUGAUGAAAAUAUCAUAGUUGGUAAACAAGGUACAAUUUUUUUAGCCGGACCACCGCUCGUCAAGGCCUCAACUGGUGAAGUUGUCUCAGCCGAGGAGCUCGGUGGUGCUUCACUUCAUUGCAAAACAUCUGGUGUAACAGAUCAUUACGCGGUUGAUGAUACACACGCCCUUCACACAGCCCGCACCAUAAUACGUAAUUUGAAUCGACAAACACCGAUGGACGUCAAAAUAAAUAAAAACAUUGAAAUACCAUUGCACAAUGUUGACGAGAUUUAUGGAAUAGUCGGUAGUAACUUGAAAAAACUGUACGAUGUCAAGGAAGUAAUUGCAAGGAUUGUGGAUGGUUCGCGUUUUCAUGAAUUCAAGGCUCAAUACGGGGAUACACUCGUAACUGGUUUUGCAAGGAUACAUGGCUAUCCGGUGGGAAUUGUUGCCAACAACGGUGUACUCUUUUCAGAGAGUGCACUUAAGGGUGCACACUUUGUUCAGCUUUGUGCGCAGAGAAAAAUACCACUCAUUUUUUUACAAAAUAUUUCAGGUUUUAUGGUAGGGAGAGAGGCUGAGGCCGGGGGAAUCGCUAAAAAUGGAGCAAAAAUGGUGACUGCUGUUGCUUGCGCCAAAGUACCGAAAAUAACAGUGGUCAUUGGGGGGUCGCAUGGGGCUGGUACUUACGGAAUGUGUGGCCGUGCGUACUCUCCCCGUUUCAUGUAUUGCUGGCCCAACGCUCGAAUAUCUGUAAUGGGUGGUGAACAGGCAGCCGGUGUAUUAGCACAAAUAGCACGUGAACAGCGCGAAAGAGAGGGCAAAUGUUGGACUAAAGAGGAGGAGGAUAAUUUGAAGAAACCAAUUAUCAAACAAUUUGAGCAUGAGGGAAGCCCUUACUACGCGAGUGCUCGACUCUGGGAUGAUGGGGUAAUUGAUCCACUCGAUACGAGAAGUGUUAUAGCCAUGAGUCUGUCAGCAUCGCUCAAUACGCCCAUUCCCGAUAGCAAGUUUGGAAUUUUCAGAAUGUAGCAUUGAUUUUUACAGUCCAAUUACCCGUGAAGGAAAAAAUUGUUUUGUACAUUCCAAAGAAUAAAUUGUU